AUGGAAAAUCAAUUCAAUGUGAAAUUAGAAUGCGUCACGGAUUUUAGCUUAUUUGAAAAAUUAAAAAAAUCUAUCUUAAAAGACAAUGUGGACGAACUGUACAUAUCCUCGUUAAGAUCCAUUUUGGAAAAGAUAAAGGACCCGGCUGUGGAUACCAGUCACAUCAUUUGCAAUCACCAGUACGCAGAAGCGGUUCUCUUUUUUUAUGCAACUUUAAUUAUUGAAAAAUAUGAAUUCGUUUCUGUCUUUUGUGAAGAUAUACUUUCAAAGAACCGUUUUCAAGAUGUAGUGGAAAAUUUAAAAAGAAUAAAAGUGAAAAAUGUGGAAAGUUUGAGUAAGAUCGAAAAAAUAAUUAUUGAAAAUAUAGACAACUGUGAAAAAUGUUUGAUGAUUUAUUAUCUGCUGCAGAAGGAAUUCCUAGAAAUGAUAUCCACGUUUACAAAAAAUGAGGAAGCAUUCAUAAAUUUCGUGAAGAGGGAAAUUUUCAAAUUCAAUUUUAGUCGACUAUUUAAUAAGAUAAUUUGUUCUGUGGAAUAUGAUAAGGUCGAUUCUGUUGUACUAGAGCUUAUGCUAAAUGGGGGGAAAAUAUUCCAAGUAAAUGAUAAUUACCAGUUGGAGAUAGGCCAAAUAAAUCAGGAAAAAGUGAAAUUAUUCACGGAGAAAUUUCUAACUUUAAAAAAUGAGACUAUAUAUGAUAUUAUAAAAAGGUAUGCCCACCAUGAGUCCCUAAACUUUCUUUGCAAUUUUAUCCACAUGGAAUUUAAAAAGUGUAAAAAAUUAUUAACAGGAAUGAAUGGUCAAAUGGGUGAGAAGAUAGAUUGUCCAAACGAUGAUUUAAAAAAUUGCAACGAUCACGAAUCUGAAGAAAAUUGCCAUAGCUAUAACAUUAGACAAAAUUUGCAGUCCUAUGUGUAUGUACAUAUAUUUCUCCUUUUCCAACAUAGGGAAGUGGAAAAUAGCAUAAUAAAAGUUCUGAAGGAUAAAAUAAUCCUUUACUCGUUAAUGCUGAACGCGCUGAGAUAUGCGGAUAAUUUUAUCCAGUUGAUCAUUUUCAAAAUUAUAAAUUCUACCUUUAUAAAUGACGACAAUUUUUUAAAUGAUUCAAAUAAAAAAUUGAUCAUAUCUAUUUUGUCCUACUGGGUAAAACUGGCAGACGCUUGUAUUAUUAAAAUGAUGAAAACGAAUUUGUCUGACGAAAAUGUCGGCUCGAAUGUGCAAAAAAGUGAUAAUUUUUUUUUAAAAAAAAAAUUUUCAGAGUAUGACAUAUUGAAAUAUAUACAGUGUUUAAUCAGUGCCAUAUAUCUGCUAUCCCUUAUUAAGAGGAGGGGGAAAAAGGAAGCGUCUAAAUUGUCAUCCGAACAGUCAACUGUGCAAAGGAAUAAGCGCAGUAUGGCCUUUUAUAUGAAUGAAUAUAAUUUAGAGAGAUUAUCCCUGAAAUCCUUUUUUACAAAGAAUGACGUGUAUGAUUAUUUCUUGGGUGUCCUAUUUUCGGAAAAUAAAGAAGUAAUUCAUAGGCUGUUUAAUUUAAUAUUUAAGCUGCUGUACUUUGUGAGAAAUUCCAAGUUGUACAUUUCGGAGAAUACCAAUAUGAAGAAUAAAUAUUUCGAGGAUGCCACUACAUAUUCUUGCAUAAAUAUUCUGUACAACAUUUUGGACGUGACGAAAAGAAUGUUUUUGAAUUCGUUCGAGGUCGAUGAGUUUACAAAAAAUUUGUAUAGAAAAUGUCUGAAGGAGAGAAGAAACGCCUUUGAUUGCAUUGUUUUGAAUUCCUUUCCGCAAUAUAUUCGUCACACGGAUUAUUACAUGCGUUUAUACACAAUUAAGGUUUUGUCCACCCUUUUAUCCGAUUCGGCCAUUCGGGAUUCACUGGAGAAGAAUACCAUUUUUGAAAUUUUCGAUUCGCUGAUGUGCAUGAAGUUCCAUAGCGACCAACAGAAAAGGAACGAUGAGAGGAAGAACGUAAAUAUUUUGCUCCUACUCCUGUUGAAGGCAAAUAUAAGGGACAGCAAAUAUUCCACCAAAACGACAAAUAUACUAUUUAGCGAUAAACAGAAGGAUGUUAAGAGGUACAUUGCAUCAAUCUGCGAUGAUGGUUUUCCCCUUCUAGAUUUGAAAACCAUGUUUGAAUAUAUUUUUGUCUUGUUUGUAAAAUUAACCAACGUGAUUGUAAAAAGGGUGUUGUCCCUUUUGGAGAUAGAAAAGUAUAAAGGGCUAUUUAUGAAUGUGUUUGAAAUUGUAGAACUGUUCAUGAAGGAAUUAAAAAAAGAGAAGAGCAGAAAAUGCAGAUGCUUUUUUUUUUCCACAGCUAUGUAUUUUUCUCACCUAAUUUCGAAUAGCAUAUAUAAGUCCAAGGUGCAUUCUUCGGUUCCUUUUCUGAAUAAGGUUUUUAGCUUAAUUAAAAAUAUUGAAAAUUACGUAGAUUUUAUGUAUGACGAUUUGGUUACUUUUAAGGAUGCACAGGAGGAGCUGUCCGAGGCGAGAACGUACGAAGAAGAACUAUCUGAGGACGGAACGUAUGAUGAGGGGGUAACUGAAGAGGGGAUGCUUGACGAAGCUUUAUCAGAUGAUGAGGUGUAUUAUUCUAGUGAUUCAAAUUCGAAGAGCGUGAAGGAUAUGCACAUGCUCUAUUUUUAUAGUAACACGUUUUGUGAAGAGGAAAAGGGGGGAGGCAACAAGGGGACAAUUGGUGCUCCUUUGGAUGGGAACAGCAUAAGCGGUCGGGACGAUUGCACCAAUGGGGGUAUGCUGUAUCCAGUUAAUAAGGACGAUGUGGAGAGGUCCAACUGCAACGGAUUAAGUAGAUUAAGCGGAUUAAGCCGAUUAAGCAGGUUCAAAGUUUUCAUGAAUAGGUCAAUUAGGAGGAGCAGAGUGAACGAAGAAGGGAUUUACAAUUACAUGCACAGUUUUUUCUUCCUAUGCGUAAGUAAUGCAAGUAUGAAAACUAGGAGGCAUGUGGUAAAAUCGUACGACCUGAUCACGAAGUAUAUCAUGAAGGAUGAAUAUAAAUUAAAUAGAGUCAAAAAGAAAAGCGGCAUUUUUUCUCCUCCAGUUGUAAUUAUUAGGGAUGUGGAAAACGAAGACAAAAGGUAUAAUAUAACAGUUGAUAAAUAUGACUAUGUUUUAAGAAGCUACAUAGUGGACUUUUUCAAAUCGAAAAGGUACAUGUACAAUUUCCUAUUGUCAGUUUUCCAACUUAGUAACAUAAUCAUUUUGUAUUUAAAAAAAACAAAUUUCAUAAGCAACGAUUUUGAUGAAAAAUUUGAUGUGCUAGAAUGCUUCAUGCUGGUAAAUUCGAAGACUUGGUUUUAUCUGAAGGUUGCUAUUGAAUGUGUGCAGAAAUAUAUGAAUAAGGGAAAAGUGGAUCAGUUUUUAAUGCGAAUCCUUAAUUUAAUAAUAGACAAUUUGUGGAAAAUUAUCAUAUUCAUUCUUUUUAAUAUAAAAAUAAAAACCUUUUCGAUAAGGUCUAAAACGCAUUCUAUACGUAUUUUCGGAAGGGAUUCGUUGUUAUUAUUUCUGGACUUUUUUUCCACAUGGAUUUUAUUCAUUAGAAAAUUUUAUUCAAAAGGGGAUCCUUUUUCCCGGGAUGUUAUACUACCUGAAUUAUUCUCCAGGAAAUUUAGCAGUCUCUCUACGCAAAUUUUAACCAUCUUCAAUUUUAUCGAAUCGAAUUUGUCCUCACUUAGUCACCGUGAAACGAAUGCGUCAUUGUUAAUAAAGCAGAAGGAAAUUAUGAGCAGCAUCUUAGAUGCACUAAUAGAUCUAGUAAAGGAUAAAGCACCCCGUGGGCAUGAAAGCCAUUUGUAUAAUCUUAUCCAGUUUAAGCUAAAAUUGAAGAAUUUGCCAACGCCAAAAGGUGUACAGGAAUUGAUUCAUACAUGUGACUAUGAAGCAUUGUUUGCUAAAACGAAGCAAAUGUUAAUCGGUGAGGAGAGCAGGAAUGAUCUAUUCGUUACAGGAGUAAAGGGCAUAGAAGGAAGCACCGCAGCGUAUCUUGCCCCCAACGGAGGGAACCUAGCGAACAGUAACGACCCCAGGUGCAAAGUUAUCACGCACUCCAGACAGGAGCAUAACUUGGAAGGCUUUACGUGUAGUAGUGCGAAGGAGUUUAAAGGAGGAAGUGUGGAAGCAGCAUCCAGAUCGGCGUCCAGGUCACACUCCCCCUGUAGCAGCCUAAGUUCAAAGGAUGGCAAAUGCAAAGAUGUUGAAAAAAAGGAGAAGCAACCUAAUUUCGACCAUUUGUCAGAGGAAAUGAGAAAAGAAGCAGCCUUAGAGAGGGCCAAGAAAAUUUUAGAAAAAACGGCUGCCUCGAAAACACAAAAGAGAGCCAUCGUACUGAAUGAAACAAAUACGAAGAAUAACAAGCAUGAAUAUUUUAAAGAAAUGAAGGGAAAGAGAUUGGAAGCAGAGAAUAGCAUGAAUAAGUAUUUUGCCAUGUUGCAGGAGUUCCUCAGUUGGGAUUUUAGCUCUUUGGAAAAUAUGCUGAAGUACAAGAUGUGCAUUAAUGAGGAGAUUCCUCUGCGGUUCAAUAGCGAGGAAGAUUACUACAGGUUUUUUAAACCAAUGGUCCUGGAAGAGUGCAGAUGUUGCAUCGUUAACAAAAUGGCGGGCAGUACGCAAAAGUACGUACUAAAUUUAGUAGCGAAGAAGAAAACAUCCUACUGGAUAGAAUGGCAGACGUCGUUAGCAAAUGAGAACAAGGCAAUCGCCGAUAGUUUAAAGCCAAUGGAUUUGAUUGCCUUAAUUCCAUUCGAAAGUGAAAGGAACGUUUUGUUGGAUAACGAUAAGGGGACUGUUAAAUAUCAUAACUUGAAAAAGAUUUUAAAAAACAAUAAACAUUUAAUAGGGUUGGUAGAUUUUUCCGUGAAUAAAAUGGAAAAUAUGUGCGACGUUAAGUUAAUUAAUGAGGACAUUUUUCCCCCACAAUCGGGAAAUGAAAAAAAUAGAUUAAAAUUAAAUUGUCUUACGUGUAAUAAAUUCAAUGCAUAUUUUUUAUGUAACUUAAUGACAAAUAUAAGAGAAUUUCAGAGCGUGUAUUUGAGUAGGAACUCCUCCCUCUUUAACAUAAUUCUAAACCCCACCUUGUGUAAUAGCAACUUUAAGGAAAGGAAAAAAAUGCUGUUUAGUAAUGGUUGCUUGGAUGAAGAAAAUAUGGUAGAGAGUAACCUGUGGAGGAGUAGUUUAAGCAGCAUGGAAAAGUACAUAUUAAAUGUUAUGAAAGAUUAUAAUUUAUUAAAUGAGUCUCAAAUAGAGGCCGUUAAAAUGGUUUUUCAAAAUAAGAAUAGCAUUUCGUUGAUACAAGGCCCACCAGGUACAGGCAAGACGAAAACAGUUAUAGGAAUUAUAUCCGCUUUGUAUGCAAUUAUUAAUCACCGGAAUGGUGAAGAAAAGAGGGACGUAGGAAAAAGGAAGAAGGAUUGUGCUUAUAAUGAUCAGGGCGAAAAUUGCAAUAAGAAAAUUUUGGUUUGUUCCCCCUCCAAUGCUGCAAUCGAUGAGAUUGCCAAGAGGAUCCUAAAUGAUGGGUUAAUAAAUUUUGUCAACAUUGGUAGAUCGAAAAGUGGGGGCAAAAAGAGCAGCGGUAGUAGCAGCAGCAACAACAGCGGCAACAUAAGCAGGAACAUGGGCCUGUUCGGAGGCCGCACCCAUGUUAACGGUGUAACUAAUCCAAAGAUGAGGAAAAUGAUGAACGUUGAAAACACACACAAAAGAGUGAGAAGCGGGCAUGCAGAGGAAAACCGUACUAAAGGUAGGGACUUCCAAAAACAAACCAUCACGCCGAAAUGCAUCAGAAUAGGUAUAUCGAAAAGGACACAUGAAGAAAUACAACCCAUUUCGCUAGAUUACAUAUUCAGUAAGAGAAAAAAUAUGGAAAAAAACGUUUACGAAACGAGGUUUAAUGAUAAGAAGAAUAAAAUGACCCUCACCCUUAAGGCGAUAGAUCAGACAUGUAGCAGAGUGGAAGAAGUGAGAGGCAAAUUAAAUCACAACGAUUCUAAGAAGUACUGUUUCGAUUUUAACGAAACUAAAUCCAAAUCAUCGUCACUUGAAAAAAUCGAAAAUGUAAAGGAUUUUUUUGCAGAAGAAAUUAUAAACAAUGUGGAUAUAAAAUAUUUAGAAAAAUUGUUAUACCUUUUUAAUGAAUCUUUUUCUCAUUACGAAUGGAGUUGGGAAAAACUGAAAGGAGAGAAGAAAUGUUUUGAGGAGAAGAAAAAAAAACUGAUAGAUACGGAUAAGGAAAUAGGUUCCUUCUACGCAAAUAGUAAUAAAGACAAUAUGGUUUUCGAAAGUGAAGUGAUAUUUAGCACCCUAUCGGGAAGUGCAUCUCCCGUAAUUGAAAACUUAGACUUUGAAUAUUUAAUAAUCGAUGAAGCAUGUCAGUGUGUAGAAUUAAGCUGUUUAAUACCUUUCAGGUUAAAGGUUAAGAAUGUAAUUAUGUUGGGAGAUCCAAAGCAAUUGCCAGCUACUACAUUUUCGUCUGAUUGUACAAAAUAUGGAUACAGUAGAUCAUUAUUUGAAAGGCUGCUACUGUGUAAUGUUCCAAACGUUUUGCUGAAUGUGCAGUAUCGUAUGAGAGAAGAAAUUUGCUGCUUUCCGAAUAUGUAUUUUUAUAAGGGGUUGAUAAGAAAUGAUGAAAAUUUAAUGAACAAACCGUCAUUUUAUUUGCAUUAUUUAAAUCUAUAUGGAUGUUAUAAAUUUAUCAAUAUCGAAGGAAUAGAGUCCACUACGUGUCAUAAGUCGUACAUUAAUUAUGUGGAGGCCUAUUUCAUAUUCAAAUUGGUAUUGUAUAUUCACCACUUUUUUAGUACCAAAAAUGAGGAAAAUCCAAUUCCCAGUUUUUACAAAUUGUCUGCUAAUUUUAGCUUAAGUGAUAUAGGAAUUAUUUGUCCCUACCUAUCUCAAGUGCUUUUAAUAAAAAGAAUGUUUGAAGGAUAUUUUCCAUCGAGUAGCUCGCCUGAAGUUUCCACGGUGGAUGCAUUUCAAGGGAGAGAAAAAAGCAUCAUUAUUUUUUCUUGUGUGCGUUCAAAUCGUCAGGCGCUGGAAAUGUUUAGAAACAAGGAUGAAUUGGAAAAUGGAAGUGGGAAUUUUUAUCCACGUGGGAAAAAAAUAUGUUAUGGUAGUAACAGUGAACGCAGUUUGGAUGACCCUCCUUUUGACGACGCCGCUUCGGAUGACUCUUAUGUGGAUGAGUUGCAUACGAAAAAGUGGUUCAACGUGGGAGGGAAAGGUGUGCAAACUGAGAAUGACUUCAAAUCGGUACAUAAUAUACGUGGAAAUAAUAUCGGAUUUUUAAAAGAUGAAAGAAGAUUAAAUGUGGCUCUUACCAGAGCGAAAGAUUGCUUAUGGAUAAUAGGAAAUAAAAAAAAUUUAGAAAAAAACUCCAUGUGGGAUUCGUUAAUAAAAAAUGCAAUUGCAAGAAAUUAUUAUUCUGAUUUGGAUUUAAAUUUUGGCCGGAGCACAACGGAGGAAAACAUAAAAGACAUAAUUGAUACGUAUUUUUCUCAAAUUGGUAAGAAUGCAACGGAAGGGAAAAACUGCAAGGAUGAGGAAAAUGACAUAAAUCACGAGAUAUUUAGCUCAUCCAAUUCGGAGAGUAGCGUAAGUGGAUUCAGAAAAAAUAACGGAAGUCUCUUUAAAGGAAGAAAAGAUCUUUCGCGAGUAAAUGAUAUCAUUGGGACGGGGAAAAAAUUGAAAACGGACAUGAAUGCCAGUGCCGUGCCUGAGCGUGAAUUUUUGUUCAGCAAGGCUUAUACCGGCAACAGAUAUUGGGGCAAUGGCGAAAAUGGAAAAGACGGAACCAUGAAAAAUGGGAACAUUGGUAAUAUUGCUAAUAUUGGCAAUAUUGGUAAUGUUGGUAAUAUUGGUAAUAUUGGGAGUGUUGGAAGUAACGAAAGAAAAAGGCCACACGAUGGCAGCAGAGAAGACGAGCAAGAGGAACUGUUACUAAAAAGACAGAGACACAACUACUGA